CUGGAACUCACUUUGAAGACAUGGAGGUCCGCCUGCCUCUGCCUCCCGAGUGCUGGGAUUAAAGGCGUGCGCCACCACCGCCCGGCUAAGGCUUUUCAUUCUUUUAUAAAACUGGGAAUACUCCAAGGAUACCUUAUUGUGCUAUUAUUCGCUACUCACCAUAUAAGAGCUGAAUUUGUGGUCAAAUCCUGAGUUUGAAUCUUGGUUCGAUCUCUAAAGCAAAAUUCGCCGGUUUCAUAAGAAAGCCUUUACGUUCUUUUCACUUUGCAUAAUAUCGAAUACCCAUCAUGCACUCUUUACCGCCAAUACUUUGAAAUAGGGCGGGAAACCGGAUGUAAAAGUGGGGCUCGGAAAAACAUCUUACUUCUUCCCUAGGAUAUAGAAGGUAGAGAAUCCUGGAGCCCUUGUUUCUCCAGGAACUACAAAACUAGUGCCUUUGAUAUGGCUAUGCGAUUUGAUAUUAAAGAUAGAACUGGAUGCAUCAACAUUUAAACCCACACUCAUCCCCACCUCCUAACGUCUGGCCGUGUCUGGCACAAAGUGGACGCUUCCAAGGAUCUUAAUAAUUUUGCAAGAUUGUAGCUAACUGGAGUCCAAGGCCAAAUCCUGCUCUACUAUGCCCCCUUCUGGUCGCCUCGAUAUAAGUGGAGAAAUGGACUACAUUUCCCGGCAUGCUUUACAGAGACUUCCGGCGAGACUAGAAGGAAGUUGGCAAGCACGUUUGAGGAGCCGCACUCCUGGCAAAGGCGACUGACUGCAGACAGCUUGGCGUCUUCCUGCUGAAGUGCAGUCAUGUUUCUCCAGUAUUACCUCAACGAACAGGGAGAUCGCGUCUAUACGUUAAAGAAAUUUGACCCGAUGGGACAACAGACUUGCUCUGCCCAUCCUGCUCGCUUUUCCCCUGACGACAAAUACUCAAGACACCGAAUCACCAUCAAGAAACGCUUCAAGGUGCUCAUGACCCAGCAACCGCGUCCUGUUCUCUGAGAGUUCGUUAAUUUCCUCUGCUGCCCGCCCGCAGGCUGAUUAUCAGUAACCAAAUGCGUCAAUCCGUGAGCAGGGACGCCUUCCCGCACUGUUUGGAAUCCUAUCUCACCACGUGACUGACUCUAUCGUAAUGGGCAUCUCCCGUAAAAGGAACAAUCUUAACUUUUGUUUUUCAUGCUUUGAAUUAAUGCCAGGUUAUUAAAGAUAGAAUGACUUGAAAGUUCA